GCCCCUCGCCUUAUCAGCGGCCGGCGGGGGGCUCGCCCCACUCCCGCCCAGCGCAGCCGCCGCGGCGGGGCCGGCACCUCCCCAAGGGCCGCACCAUGGGCAGCCAGGGCUCCAAGGCGGCGGGCGGCGACCCCGACACCGCCAAGGCCAACGGGCAGGAGAACGGCCAUGUGAUCUACAACGGGGACAUGACGCCCAAGGCGGGGGUCGAGGCCGCCCCCCAGAACGGGAACGGCUCCGCGGAGCCCCCCAAGGAGGAGAGCGAGGCCCCGGAGGGCGCCGCGGACACCAUCGAGCCCGCCCCGGCCCCCGCCGACGGCGGCGAGCCCAAAAGCGAAGGAGCCGCCGCCCCUAAGGACGCCCCCAAGAAGAAGAAGAAGUUCUCGUUCAAGAAAUCCUUCAAGCUGAGCGGCAUCUCCUUCCGCAAGGGCAAGAAGGAAGGCGGGGACUCCUCCGGCUCCUCGCCCACCGAGGAGCAGGGCCAGAGCCCCCCGGGGGGGCUGCAGCCCUCGGCGCCCCCCGAGGAGGAGGAGGAGGAGGAGCAGGGCAGCGCCGCGGAGGGCGGCGAGCCCAAGGAUGGAGGAGAAGCCGCGGGGAGGGAGGAGGAGGAGGAGGAGAAGCAGCAGCAGCAGGGAGGGGACAACCACGGGGACACGGCCAAAGCCGAGGAGCCCUCGAAAGGCGCGGAACCCACGACGGAGCAGAAGGAGGAGUGAAGGGAGAGCGCUCGGGUUCACCGGGGACUCUCACGCCGCCCUCGGUCCCUCCCCGCCCAGCCCGGAUCGCCACGGACUCGCCCGCACCGCCCCGGCCCCCCUAGGACCGCCACGGCCCCGCACCCCCGGCCCCGCAGGGAUUUCUCUCUCCGGCCCCCGCUCCUGGUAGGAAAAACAACAAUUAAAAAAUAAAAAAAAAAAGCUGGUUUGGAUUCCCGUCACCGCCGCCACUUUGGAGUAGUUUGAGCUGAAUUCCUUGGGAAAAAAAAAUAACAAAAACAACAAGAAAAACAACUGGGGAGGAAGAUUUGUCCCGGACACCACUGGAGUUUUACAGUUUGUGAGAACACAGAUCCCAAAUCCUGCUCUGGAUCUCUCCAGGCUGUCCCUGCUCCUCCCACUCCCACUGACUGUUCAAUGGAAUUUUUAAUUUUUUUUCAAUUUUUUUUUUUGUCUCUUUAUUUCUCAGUUUACAUUCCUGGUUCUGACUUUUCAUUUCGAGUAUUUUCGUGCUUUUUAUAUAGAAAUGGAUGGUUUAAAAAAGCUAAUCUGGUUAGUUUUUUAUAAUGUCUUCUAUUGGCUUAAAACCAUAAAGCUUGUAAGUGCGCUGUGUUUAAUUCUGCUUUAAGGGAUCAUUUUAGGGUGUGGGGUGGACAGAGGGGGCCCUGCCAGCUGUAAAAUGUGAAGCCAACCUUGUUUUCUUUUAUUUUGUUUUUUCCUCUGUAAAUAAUUUUUUAAUGGCCAAAAAAAAGAAAAAAAAAAAAAAAAAAAAAACCCC